GAAGCUCAACCUAUCUCAGACUAUUGCCUAGAAGAUCAUCCUCGAUUGAAGAAAGACGCAAUGUAAAAACGGUACCGGUAAAGCUUUGUCGAGCCCAGACAGAUUAUCACAAGCAGCAUGUAUAUGGGCAUUUCGCUACAGCAUCCAUUAAAUAUCUGGAAAGCAUUGCCUCUGUUCUCGGCCCUGUUCAAGAUUUUUCUUUUUAUCACAAGAUGACAUGGCUAGAGUGUCAAUCAGGUUGACUGCUUCAAAUAAGCAACCACGUUUGCUCAUGCAUCUUGAGUACAAGAUCAAGCUUCCAGAUCACGAUUGGGUAGUUGCCCCAAGGCAUAGGCUAAACCCAUCAGUUUGUGCUGGGGUAAUUAUAAGUCCUGAAAAAACGGGAGACCCGAAAGCUGUAGUUUAUUCUGGCCCCACAUUUAUAAGCAUUACCGCAGAAACUCAUGCCAAAGAUUGUGACAGUAUUCUUAAUCUGGAGUCCUUUCAAGAAAUAGCAAAAACCCAUGAUAAAGGACGAGUCAAGCCUGUGGUUGUAAUAAUUUCCGAUGGUGGCCCCGAUGAAAAUCCCAGGUAUGGGAAAGUUAUUUCUUACGCGGUUCAACAUUUUAAGGUAUACAAUUUGGAUGCAAUUUUUGUUGCUACAAAUGCUUUAGGAAGAAGUGCGUUUAACCGAGUCGAAAGGAGAAUGGUCUCAUUAAGCCGGGAGUUGUCUGGGUUGAUUUUGCCGCACGAUAAAUAUGGAAGCCAUUUGGACAACCAAGGCAGAACAACAGACUUCGACUUGGAGGAACAACAUUUUGAAUUCGACGGAAGAACAUUGGCCGAAGUCUGGGGAAAAAUGGUCAUCCAUGACUUUCCUGUGACUGGCGAAUAUGUUCUGCCUAAUGAAAAAGGGGCAGAACUGGAUGACAUUGAACAGUACUGGUAUAAAGAACAUGUUCGCAAAAGCCAAUAUUUUCUGCAAAUCGUUAAGUGCUAAUCCGCAGAAUGUUGUGGAGAAUUUAGAAGUGGAUUACUUCAAAUUCUACCAUAUAGAUUUUUUACCCCUCCGGUACGUGUUAUUCAGGGCGUCUCAGAAAUAAUUGUUUCCGAGAGCAAUGAGAAGGGACAUUUUCUGGACCUAAUGCAACGAAGAGCUCUCGUGAUAUCAAUAAAUGAACACAACAAAUAUCUGCAGGUUCCCUACGACUUGUAUUGUUUGUCGGUACACAACCAACUUAAAAAGCGUAUGUGUAAAACGUGUUGUUUGUAUUUUGCACCCGAAAGAUCAGCAUAUCUGCAUGCCAAAACCAACAAAAAUGCAUCUGCAAACUUGGAUUGCAAAGCAGAUAAAAACUUUUUUUCGAGUGGCUGGGCGGCGAAAAAGAAAAUAUUUAGUGGUUCAAUCACAUGAAGGAUGCGAAGACCUGGAAUGACUUGACGAAGAGUGUGUUGGAGAUAAUUUCAGCGUAGACGUACAGAAUUUGUCAUCCGUGUUCAGGCAUAUAAAUGACGUAUAUGCAAAUACCCUGGAUACCGAACCCAACAUAAAACCUGUAUAUCCCGAGAUACCCAUUAUUCCAAUUGUCAAUAACAUAAGUCCAGAGCCUAUUAUCGCAGUUAUUCAAAUCAAUCCGACAUAAACAUUUAACCCCUCAGACAAAAAUCUUUGCCACGCCUUCGAUCGGCGGCACCAGAAUUAUAAGCACUUCUCACGCCUUUAUCGACGACGGCAGACAUAAACAAUAUUCAAACAUUUAAACAAAGGGUCCAGCCUGAGAAUCCUUUCGUCAGCAUAAAAGCUUUGGCCAAUCCAAAUUAAUUAAGCAAAAGAUGCAGCCUAGAAACCGUUUCAUCGAGCCACUGAUUUGACCAAUCAAAAUUCUUUAAUCAAAGUCCACUUUCGCUGCUCGCGUC